UAUCCCUAUUAUCAACACGUGCGGUCAUAGGCGAUAGAUGGAGGAAGACGGGAUUUUGCACUAAAAACCUAUCAAAAAUAGUUGAAAUAAUUAACUUUUUGGUAUUUUAUAACUCACAUUUAAACCGUUUCUCCUCUCAAGUUGGAGGCUACACCAGAAAAUCGCACUUAUAACCGUCUUGGAAUAUCAUAAGGCCAUAACAAAAACAAUAACUUACAUUGAUUAUCAGCAAGAAAAUAGGACCAGCACUAUGAAUUUUGAAAACGAGGAUCGUCUGCAGUUCGAACAGCUAACUGGGGGUAAUAUAAUUGAGAAGCCUCCCAUUUAUGGCAAUACUGGAGAGCAUUUACUAUUCCUGUCGGGAAAAUACAUUAAUGUUUACUCCACAAUAUCUGGCCAAUUGGUACGCAAAUUGGAGGGUGCCUCGACGACAUUAGUCGAUUAUUGCUAUGAACUGGACAAUGAAGAUAUUGUUGUGGCCUGCAGUCAAUCGGGGGAGAUAUUGACGUGGGAAUGGAAAACUGGGGAAUUAAAAAGCAAUAUUCAAAUGAACAUGAAUUGUAGCCAUGGUGGUGCAGUUACAAAUUUCCAGAUUUUAAAUUUGUGGGGUAAUUCCGCAUUGCCAUAUGCUUUUGUAUGCUUGAAAGUACCGAAGAGUAAUUGUGUGUGGCGCCUUCUUGAUCGUACAUGCGGUAAAUUUGUACCGGUACCGAUGCAAAUGAGACUGACGCCAAGGACACCUUUAAUGGCAGUGGAUAGCAAAAACUUUCCAAAUUUGGUAAUCGUCCAGGGUUAUUAUGUCUAUUUCGUCAACUACAAAAACUGGAGCUUUAAAAGAUUUAAUAAUGCCCAUAAAGUUCCUAUUACCGUCCUGCAAAAACAUCCAAAAGAAGAAUGUUUUGCCACUGGUGAUGAGACUGGCAAAGUAUUCCUAUGGCGUGAAUUUACCAGCAAGCAUGAAGUGAAAACUUCCCUUUAUCAUUGGCAUCACACCAAAGUCACCAGCAUCUACUUUACUGUGUCUGGUGCAAAUUUCUUCAGCAGUGGCGAGGAAGCUGUACUCGUAAAAUGGAAUGUAGAAAAUCCAGAAUACCGCCAAUUUUUACCACGCAUUUCAUCGAAGAUACAACAUGUAGUUGUUAGUCCUGACAACGCGCAAAUUGCCGUAUGCACAGUUGACAAUGGUGUACAAUUUGUUGGCACAGAGAACAAGAUUUUAAGUAAUCUUCAAGAAUUCACUUAUAUUGUGGAUGAUAAAACGGGAAACAGUAAAUUCCCAGUGGGCUUACGUUUAAAUCCUCGUACCAAUACUUUGGUUUUGAAUGGACGUACAGGUUCUUUGCAGUUCUACAAUACCUAUACCAAGAAUUUCCUGUACAAUUUGAAUAUUGUCAAUCAAAACUUGCUGUCCACGGAAAGUGAUCGUAUUUUGUAUGACAUACGUGUAACAAAGGCCGCUUUUAAUAUUGAUUGGCUGGCAACUGGCGAAGUGUUUAAUGACAACGAACACUUGCCAGAAUUACGUUUAAAAUUUUGGAAAUAUCAAGAGGAAACUCAACGUUAUGCCCUAAAUACCAACAUUGAGUUACCCCACGAAGGUGGUUUCAAGGCUAUAGAAUUUUCCAAUGACUAUCAAGUGGAUAAUUUAUUGUGUGCCACAGUGGGCGAAGAUAAUGUCAUUAAAAUGUGGUGUUUAGAUGAUUCCGAUAGCAUCUAUAAGGAAGGCAAAUCCUGGUUCUGUAUAGCACAAACUUCCUAUAGAAAUCUACCAGUAGAAUCUAUAUCAUUUUCACAAGAUGGUUCAUUGCUGGCUGCUGGAUAUGGCAAUACGUUGUGUAUUUACAAAUCGGAGGAUUUGAAAUUGAAAGCUGCCCUAACUGGGGCCAAUGGCAUGGAUGGUUGCGUUACGAAAGCCCAAAUUCGGCUACCCACAAAAAAUGUGAACGGCUCAAAAGUCGAUCUAAAAGAAAAACGUGAUAAAUUAAUGAAACUAUUUUCAAAUUUAUUGGAAUUGAAUGAAGAGACCUUGGUAAAGGAAUUGCAGAAAACCGUAGAAGAUAAUCGCAAAUGUUCUGAAGAAAAUCUGAAACCUGCUGGCAAAUUGGAUGAUAAACAAAAAAUGGCUUUGUAUUCAAGAAUUUUACAAAUGCAUGAAUUGAAUCUAUUCCAAAAGGUUAUGAUUUAUCAAAAAUUGGGAAUUGGCUGUAAAGUUCAUCCCCAAAUGACUACAAAGGUUAUUGAUUAUAUACAAAACUCUAUCGGUCAACGUAAAAAACAAAAACGUUUACAAACAUUGUACGGAAAAACGCAUCGCAUGACCAAGAGUGAACGUUUCAAGGCUAAAUAUCGUUUGGAACAACACACAAAACGUCAGCGUAAUUAUGAUGUAGCAAUUACCAACAAUUUGGUUCCUCUACUGAGCCUUCUGAACCUGGAUCAAAAUACCCAGCCACCCUUAAAGAAGAGUACGGAAAAGGAAUCUAUUGUAAAUAAGGUGGUAUCGGAUCCACCAAGGCCCACAAUUGCAGAAAUAAAGCAUGUGCAAUUUGCUGCCGGUGAAUAUGGACAUCUGGUGGCCGUAUGCACUGAACGCCGUAUACUUAUAUGGAAUUUGUUGACAUUACGUUUGCAAUCUGUGUUGAAAUUGAGCGCAAAACAUGUUACCUUUGAUGCUCAAACUAAUCUUAUGGCCGUUGUGACCAACAAUGAUGAAUUACACAUUUUCCAACCAAAUGUUCCUUUACCCAUCUAUCAACGUCGCAAUAUGCCACAACUGUACGGCAUGGCUUGGAUACCCAGACGUUAUCCCAAGCAACGUUCCAUUAAUUUAGAUUGGCAGGCUCAAUCUACUUUGUACUUUUUAACAGAUGAUCAGAAAAUUAUUUAUUUGAAUUCACCCACGGAAAAACAUCUUGAUAUUCCUCCUCCCAUUACUUUUAAUAAAGCUGCAUCAGCAUCAAUGCAAAUUUCCACGUUCGGUACAUUUGCUGCUAAAUCCAUUUCGGAAACACAUACUACCUCUAGUAGACAAUCUGGUCCUUUGGUAUUGGGAAAUUCCGAUAAGACAGCUGUGAAAACGCUCAUUGAGAUGUCCACUCACACCAUGCCACCGAUGAGUCUGAUGUGUGAAGAAUUUGUCAAAUCAAUGGUUAAGCCCGUUGCCAACGGCAAGGUUAAUAAGAAUUCCACCGACGAUGAUGAUACUAACGGCGACAUAAAUGAUGCCUUGACGACACGAUUAAAUGGUGAUGGUGUAACAAAUGGCUUUGGCAGUAGUAACCACUCGGAUGACGAUGAUGGCGACGAUGCAGAUGGUGAUGUAAAAAUGACAAAUGGCAAUGCGAAAUCACCUGCCACCAAUGCUAAUAAUUUACGCAAAAAUCUACUGCGGAAAACCGAUGAGCUGAAACGUAAACAGAAAUCAAAAGGUGGCACUCGUGACGAUUCGCUGUUAUUACCCGCCAACGAUGAUUUGGAAUCUAAGUUAAGAUAUGUAGCAAAACAAAUGGUAGCCAUAGAGUUUUAGAGUUAUGUAUCAAACACAUACCCUCCAACCGAAUGUUGUUAUAGAUUUGAAAUGAAACUAGGUUUUUAAUUUUUUUUUAAUUGUCUUAAAUGCUAAUGACUCUAUAUUGUUUUUUGAGAAUUUAUUUCACAAGUUUUUUUUAAUAUUUUUUUAUAAAAAUAAGCAUACAAUUUUUUAAAUGAUUUAUUGCAAUGCAUACAAUCUGAUCUAUGUACAUUUGCAAUUUGCCUUAUAUGCUGUUUAAAUGUUGUAUGCACGACAACAAAGUGAAAUGAAUAUAAAACAAUUAAGAAAAUAUUGAAAAUCAAACAAUCAAGUUUUUCCUAAAUAAAUGCUAUUUUUUAAACAUA